AUGGCAUCUCAACAGUCACCUUCAGCGGUGAUUAUGGUUCGUCCAGGAGUCUUCUUUUCCAAUCCGGAGACCGCGACCGACAAUGUCUUCCAGACUGCGGUCGGUAUGGACCCCAAAGAGUGUCUUCCCAAGGCCCAGGCGGAAUUCGACAACUACGUCAAGAUUCUACGGGAUGCUGUGAAGUUAAGUCCACUGCCUGCUAUCUAG